CCGUUGGGGGUAAACUGUUCCAGUCAUUGACGACCCUCACGCUAAACGAUUGUCUUCUUGGCCUGGUUUCCGCUCUGGGCUUCUGGACUUUCAUCGAGUGGCCUCGGCUUGUUCCUGGCUGGCAUCAUUAGUUUUGAGCUGAUCUGGUAAGCCAGAUAGCGUGUUUUGCUUUCUUAUUCCAAGAAGCAGUUACCUUAACAACAUCAUUAUCAGUCACAGUUCACCUCAGCACUUGAAUUUUUCCUGCCCAUCACAAUGAAGGUGAUCACUGGUUCACCGCUGCUGAAGCUAGUGGCGGCGGUGUUUGUGGUGCUUGCCUUUUGGCUGAUGAUCAAGUACAUGACAUGGGAGGAGGAUACCAUGGCACUGCCAGACACCUUUGUACGACCCAUCAUACCCGCUGUCCCUGAGGAUGAUGAGGGCAUCGAGAGGACUGGCCACCCAGUGCAGGUGGAGGUGUUCUACGAAGCCCUGUGUCCGGACAGUAUGAACUACAUCGUGGACCAGCUAGCGCCAGCCGUCGCUAAGCUGCCUGUUGAUGCGCUCAACGUCAUCUUGGUGCCUUACGGAAAAGCCAAGACGUACCAGCGCGGCUCCAAGGUGACCUUCUCGUGCCAGCACGGCCCCGAGGAGUGCUGGGCCAACAAGCUGCACGCGUGCGGUAUUCGUCAGGCGGCCAACCAGACUGUGUCGGUGCAGUUCGUCACCUGCCUGAUGAGGCACUACCGCCGGCUGAGACUGCGUGCCCAGCAGUGCGCCGAGGACAGCCGCCUGCCGUGGGUGCAGCUGUCAGCCUGCGCCGCCGGCUCGGCCAUCGACCCCGACAUUGUGCGGUACGGGGAGAUGACGCAGGCGCUGCGGCCGCCGGCACACUUCAUACCUACCAUCACCGUGGACCAGAGCCAAGAUGGUCAAGCUGCAAUGUUUGGCAACUUCUUGAGCUUCGUUUGCAAGGCUUAUGAGGCACGCUCCGGUAAGAAGCCUACCGGCUGUCCGAAGUGAGUGUGUCUCUGAAGGACGGCACGGUCACAGGCUCGCAGACAGAGGCGGCAGCGUCUCAGGCAGCAUUGGAGAGACAGAGGACGGUGCUUCUGGCACGGUGGGACGGAGAUACUGUGCAGGAGACGGACGGUGCUUCUGACACGGUGGAGUGCAGAUGCCGUGCAGACAGGGCGAUCUGAAGGCCAGACGCGCCGCCGCUGCAGCCGCGGGCGGUGACCCGGCGGCGCGGUGCAGUGACCAUAACUGACAACUGUGGCCACCAGGUGGGGUGUGCGAGCGAGGACGGGUGAACUGGACUUAAGGGUGACGCUGCUGAGCCCAUUGGUCCACACCAGGUCCACAUGAGAGGUGUGCGUGUGUGCGUGCAGUAAUUGCGAUAGGAGCACAUAUUUUGAAAGAUUUAUGUUAUGUAGUGCACGGGCUAUUUAUUUUGAUAUGAUGUAUUGGGCCGAUGAUUUCUGACGAUGUGUUGUGGUCCAAUUAGUCUCAGAGGUGUCUAGGAUGGUUUCCAUUGGGUUCCGUCUUUCCAGCGUCAGUGAACGAAUGUUUGUGCUCAGUACAAACUGUGGGGGCAGUCAGCGGCCCCAAUUCGGCCGCGCAGUGGCGGCUGUCCGGUUCGUAUCGGCACCACGCCUCUUGCGACGUCCAGGUUCAACUACCACAAUAGCCCGGCCAGGUGCAGCUAGCGGGACCUCCAGUCGUGCUGGGCGUCCACAAACUGAGCGGGGCCGAAACCCAGCGCAGUCGGCCAGGGGACUGGCCGGCUCCUCUUACUGGUGGGUCAGUCCAUGAGGGAUGGGGACUGGACGCUAGUGGCUCCGCAGUGGUAGGGUUUCUUCGCUGGUGUUGUGUCCAAGCUGUUAAAGCGUGUUCACAAUGGACUCGGGUUCUUUCCUCAUUUCAGCACAGCCGUUCGCGUAUUCACGGAGCACAAUUUCCUGGGCUUGGUCCACUGGCUGUGGUGAGACUAUCGUAUCUUUCAUCCCGCACGAGCUUUGGGACGGUCGCACAGGUCACCGUGCGCGUGUGAUUGGACUCUCCGAACUGGUCAGGAUGGUCGCAUCUCCCCGGCGAGGUCCCGCCGGACCGUCCAUGCAGGUUCAGCCCGCUCCUCAGUCGGAGCUCUCGGCGGAGGUGGCGGGCGCUGACACUGGCGAAUAUGUCGCUCCGGCUGUGACUCUAUACUACUUCUGUAGCGUCUAUGUGCGGGCGGGACCCGGUGCAGGGGUAUACAGCGCGGGAUGCCGUCUCGACGCUGUCGCCGGGUGCGCUGAGCGGAUUGGGGAUGGGUGCACGGGAGGGCGGGUGACAGCGGAGGAUCGGCAGAGCUCAGCUCGCAGCACAGCUCCGGAGGCACGCUGUUAUUGCACACGCUCAGCUCAUUCUGUGGUUAUUGGAUUAUUUGUCCUGUGUCGGCUCUGCGACCAAUUGCUCAACAAGACCGCUCGAUGUUUUCUAGAGGUUUGCGUGCCCCGGAAGCUGUGCUGCGAGCGAUGGCCGCCCACCCCCGGUGUGCUUUAUUACUUCUGCGUAUACACGUGAUCGGAAUCGCAUAUUUAAUAAAGAACCAAAUGUU